UCAUCACUCUCAACCUGCCCGUGCAGCAACUUUCUUUCACCUCUGCAAACGCGACCCGCUUCGCCGAAUUUAAGCCACGUAUACGCUGCUCUCAACAGUCUUCGCCAGUGGAUAGGAGGCUUCGGCCCUUGAUUUGAACAUCGAUCACCGCAGCGGAUACCCAGCGUUGUCGCAACGGCUCACGCUCAAGAUGCGCCCUGGAGCUCCCAGAAGCACAGUCGACCGCCUCGACCGGCCGAGCGCCUACUACCAGAGCAGGAACAAGCGCCGGCGUGACCGCGACGACGACCACCAGGAGGCGCCGCCUGAACCCGCCGUCGAUCCCCUCGCCAAUGCCACGACCCUCUACGUCGGCAACCUAUCAUUCUUCACAUCGGAAGAGCAAAUCUACGAGCUCUUCUCCAAGUGCGGCGAAAUCAAGCGCCUCGUCAUGGGCCUCGACCGCUUCCAAAAGACGCCGUGCGGCUUUUGCUUCGUCGAGUACUACACGCACCAAGACGCACUCGAUUGCAUGAAGUACAUUGGCGGCACCAAGCUCGACGAGCGCAUCAUCCGCACCGACCUGGACCCGGGCUUCGAGGAGGGCCGCCAAUACGGUCGCGGCAAGUCGGGCGGCCAGGUGCGCGACGAGUAUCGCGAGGACUUCGAUGAGGGCCGCGGCGGCGUGGGCAGGGCCAUCCAGGCGGAGGAGCGGUUGAGGGACUACGACGAGGAGGGUCGCUACGUACGAUAAAACCCUGGGCAGGGCAUCGUUUGGCUCCAGAGAUUUUAAUUUAGAUACCCUCAAUGGAGACGAUGAAACAUC